CCGCCUCGCCACCGCACCCUCGUCUUCACCACCGGAGUCGCCGCCGCCGCGCGAGGCUGGAGGUGCAGCUCCUGCCGCGAGGCUGCUAGUGCGGCGCCGUACCCCACGGAACGCGACACGACGCUAAACAGUUAUUAAAAUAACACGUAAACUCUUAAAUAAUGAUACUGGAAUGUUAAAUAUUAAUCAUUAUAAAGAGACAAUUUGUUAAAACGAUAUAUAUGUAUAUGUUAAUGGUUAAAUUUUAGUCGAGUUAACUAGCUCAAAGGGUAAAAGUGAUGUGUCUUGAGCCAUGGGGGACAUGCUAGCGAUCCCCGCCUCAAGAACUAGUCACUCACACAGCCUAACGCUUUGCCAAAUAAUGGGUAAAAUCCCGUGACUAAACUCUACUAAAAAGAUAACACGAGAAACAUAACACUUACGCUUUUUUGACUCCCUUGUUACGCGUCGAUUCAACUCUCGAAGAAGAAGAAGAGAGAGAAAGGGAAAAGAGAAAUCAAAGCGCCUGAAUCUGCCUCGACUCCCAGGAAACACAUUGAUAUUUUUUUGUUUCCUUUGAACGUGACUCGAUCGGUUUCGAAGCUUCAGAAACAGCCCUGCAAAUUCUCGAAGGAGGUUGGAGGAGGAGGUGGCCUGAGGGUCGUCCUCGGAAGGGCUGGGACAUGCUGCAAGCAAGAAGACUUCAGUGGCCAGGGAAGUAGGAACCAACCAUGCCAGGAGGAUUCGUCACCUAGACAAAAACAUGUGGAGGUGUCCGACAUGGGUUAGCAGUAAGCUACGCAAGCCGGUGUCCACCUUGUCGAUCCCUGGCUCGAUGAAAGGCGGCACGGGCGGGGGAGGCGGGCGUGGAGGCGAGGGCGAGGACCCGGCCAUAGCACUGGUGGGCGUGCGCUCGGAGUACCCACGAUACACGGAGGAGAAAACUGGAGGAGGCUCGGGGAAAACGGCCUCCUUCAGGCUCCGGAACAAGCCCAACGUCGGCUACCGGCUGGGGCGGCGCAAAGCCCUCUUCGAGAAGCGCAAGAGGAUCUCCGACUACGCCCUCGUCAUGGGUAUGGUUGGCAUCAUCGUCAUGGUCGUUGAAAAUGAGCUCUCCUCUGCCCAAGUCUAUUCGAAGGCUUCCUCCGCCUCCCACGCCCUGAAGACUUUGAUCAGCGUGUCAACGGUCAUCUUGCUGGGGCUUAUUUGUGCCUACCAUGCGCUCGAGGUUCAGUUAUUCAUGAUUGACAACUGCGCCGACGACUGGCGCAUCGCAAUGACGUGGCAGAGGAUAGCGCGGAUAGUGAUGGAGCUCCUAAUCUGCGCAGUGCAUCCUAUCCCGGGCGAGUAUUCCUUCUUCUGGACCACCAAACUCUCCAACCAGGGCGGGGUGGUCGACUCCCAGUGGGUCCCGAUCGACAUCACGCUCUCCCUGCCAAUGUUCCUGCGGCUCUACCUUAUAUGUCGAGUCAUGUUGCUACACUCUAAGCUCUUCACCGACGCUUCCUCGAGAAGCAUUGGCGCCCUCAACCGCAUCAACUUCAACACGCGGUUCGUCCUCAAAACGCUAAUGACCAUCUGUCCAGGCACUGUCUUGCUGGUGUUCAUGGUAUCACUCUGGAUCAUUGCGUCAUGGACUCUCCGCCAGUGUGAGAGGUACCAUGAUGAAGAACAUGCCAAUUUGUUGAACGCCAUGUGGCUUAUAGCGAUCACAUUCCUUUCCGUGGGGUACGGUGAUAUAGUCCCAAAUACAUACUGUGGGAGGGGUAUUGCGGUGACUACUGGAAUAAUGGGGGCCGGAUGUACUGCGUUAUUGGUCGCUGUUGUCUCCCGUAAAAUGGAACUUACCAGAGCUGAGAAGCAUGUUCACAAUUUUAUGAUGGACACACAGUUAACAAAGAGGUUAAAAAAUUCGGCAGCAAACGUCCUGCGUGAGACGUGGCUAAUAUACAAACACACCAAACUUGUCAAAAAGGUUAACCACGGUCGAGUCAGGACGCACCAGCGGAAGUUCCUGUUGGCCAUUUACGCGCUACGGAAGGUGAAAAUGGACCAGCGGAAAUUAAUGGACAACGCCAACACCAUCACUGAUAUGGCAAAGACGCAGAACACCGUGUACGAGCUGGUGUCCGACAUGAGUGGGCGUCAGGACGUCCUGGACGAGCGCGUGACGACGAUGGAGGACAAGCUCACGCAGAUCCAGGAGUCGCUGGACUCGCUCCCCGACGUCCUGGCUCGGUGCCUGCAGAAGCACCAGGAGCUCCUUGAUCAAAGGCGAGUCGCCGCCCCCUCCUCCAACUCCCUCCACCCUGACAUGGCAGCCCGGCCGGGGGGCUACCCGGCGCUCACGGGCAGCCAGUCCCCGCGGGGCUCGCCCGUCUGGCAGCAGCAGCAGCAACAGCAGCCUCAACAACCGCAAGGAAACGCACCUCCAAUAUUCCCCCGGGCCAGUCUGAGCCCGACCUUGCAAUCAGGGGAGCGGUCGCCCCCCGCGCCGGCGUCGCUCAGCGGGCAGUCGCUGCCCAAGUCGGAGGCGUGAAGCUAAGCCGUCCAACCGCGGGCAACAGCAGAAGUAAAAGUAGCAACCACAGCUGUUUGUAGGCUACUGUUGAUGUCCGCGCCUUACACGCUUCUACACUCGCCAACACCCCAGUACGUCUCACAUCUCUCUCCUGCUGCCCUCAUCUCCUGCCACGGCGGGCCGAGGCGCUCGCGGCCUCUGGGACUCGCCGGGCGCCGCACUCUCCAGGUCGACACUUCACCGCUCUCCCUCAUCACUCAGUGCAUAAUGUGAUAUUAGACAAGACACGGCUGUAGGGAGGAUCACCUCUGCCGGUCGGGUACAGCAGUUCGAGUGAGACUCCCGGCGUAUAGUUAUAAACUUCUACUGAUAUUAAACAUUUCCUUGAACAUUCUAACGGCACUUUAGAAAGGGUGUGUUAACUCUGUGUAGCAUGAUUAUGGAUGGUAAUGCAUCUACAAGGAAAGGACUAAACCUGUUCAAAGGUUUCGAUACUCCUUUGCAAAUAUGGUGCUCUUUGGGAAGUUAUAAGGCUCUGACAGUAUUCUCCGCUCUCUGGCAAGUUUUGACACGAAGCUGUUGAGAUGCUUCUGUGAGGGUGACAGAUGCUACCUUGACUGGCUCUCUGCCGCCAGUGGAAUGAAAAUAAAGCCCAGGUCAGAGGACAGAGUUAUUCAAGAACAUCAAAAUGGCAGAUGGUGACCUGAAAUGGCCCAAGGAAGUCAGCGACCCAGGGGGAACUUGACGGGCCGCAGGGGACACACACACACACACCCGCACGUCACCCCAAGUUGAUCGUUCUUGAAUAAUCUGCGUAGAAGACCAAGUUUUCCCUGGCACUGCGGUGGUGGUCCUCAAGGCUGAAGUCCCAGGUGGACCUCCACACAAAACUCAAGAGAGCCACCACCCAAUGGAGGAAUUACUUGGGUCUUGCUAGACGAUAGGUAUCAGCGCUUAUUAGUCAGGUGGACCGGGUGACGGCCUCCGUUUGGUAGGGAAGGAGGGGUUACCGUGCCUGUUACACAGAAUAAUACAC